AGAUUAAAAGUGCCUAAUAUGAGAGGUUCAGGGCAGCCGAGGCAUUGGCCUCGACUGGUUUAUGCCAUGGCAUUUUGCCUCACAGCCUCUAGUGUGAUUGCUGAAAAUUACUAUAAGCCUUAUGUUUAUGCUUCCCCGCCACCACCAAAGCAUGUUAGCCAUCCUUACCUUUACGAAUCUCCACCGCCACCAAAACAUGUUGAAGAUCCUCAUCCUUAUUAUAUCAAAUCGCCGCCACCACAUAAGCAUGUGAGGCACCCACCAUACAGCUACAACUCUCCACCUCCACCCUCUCCGCCGCCUCCUCCUCCUUAUGUCUACAAUUCUCCACCUCCUCAUUCUUCGUCACCACCGCCUCCAUAUGUUUACAAGUCUCCUCCACCUCCGUCUCCUUCACCUCCUCCACCUUACAUUUACAAGUCCCCUCCACCUCCUUCUCCAUCACCUCCACCUCCUUAUAUCUACAAAUCACCACCACCUCCUUCUCCAUCUCCACCUCCCCCAUAUGUCUACAAUUCUCCACCUCCACCAUCUCCCUCUCCACCACCACCAUAUGUCUAUAAGACUCCACCUCCACCUCCACCAUCACCUUCCCCACCACCUCCAUAUGUUUACAAGUCACCUCCACCACCAUCACCGUCACCACCACCUCCAUAUGUUUACAAGUCUCCACCUCCACCAUCUCCAUCACCACCACCACCAUACAUCUAUAAGUCUCCACCUCCACCAUCACCGUCCCCACCACCUCCAUAUGCUUACAAGUCCCCACCUCCACCUUCACCAUCACCACCACCUCCAUACAUUUACAAGUCUCCACCUCCACCAUCGCCCUCUCCACCACCCCCAUAUGUCUACAAAUCCCCACCUCCACCAUCUCCGUCACCCCCACCACCAUACAUCUAUAAUUCUCCACCUCCACCUUAUGUUCGCAAGUCACCUCCACCACCUUCGCCAUCACCACCACCUCCAUACACUUACAAGUCUCCACCUCCUCCAUCUCCCUCUCCACCACCCCCAUAUGUCUACAAAUCCCCACCUCCACCAUCUCCAUCACCACCACCACCAUACAUCUAUAAAUCUCCACCUCCACCAUCACCAUCCCCACUACCUCCUUAUGUUUACAAGUCCCCACCUCCACCUUCACCAUCCCCCCCACCUCCAUACUUGUACAAGUCUCCCCCUCCACCUUCUCUGGUACCAACACCUCCUUACAUUUAUAAGUCCCCUCCUCCACCUUCUCCGCCGCCUCCACCACCUUAUGUAUACAAAUCACCUCCCCCACCAUCUCCAUCUCCACCACCUCCUUACGUUUACAAAUCUCCACCUCCACCGUCUCCAUCACCUCCACCUCCUUAUAUUUAUAAGUCUCCACCUCCACCAUCUCCAUCACCACCUCCUCCAUAUGUUUACAAGUCCCCGCCUCCACCAUCACCUUCACCACCACCUCCAUAUGUUUACAAGUCUCCACCACCACCGUCCCCAUCACCACCACCUCCUUAUGUUUACAAGUCGCCUCCUCCUCCAAAGCAUAUAAGCCACCCACCUUAUGAGUACAGUUCUCCUCCACCUCCUCCUCCCAAAUACUACUAUAAAUCACCACCACCGCCAUCUCAUAAGCCAUACGUCUAUAGUUCACCUCCACCUCCUACAUACUAUUGAACAUAAUUAUGGUUCUCAUUUUCUUUCGAAGUAAUAAUAAUGUUUUUUAUUUUUGAGUUCAACAUAUGUAGACCAACAUUGUUUCCAUUAAUCAUGUUCAUUUUUUUGGGUACAAUAAAGGUUGUAAAUUCCAUUUGGUGAAGUAGUAUUGAUUGUACUAUUUAUUAUAUGAAAUGAAAGCCAAUAAUAUUUUGAUAUUUG